GAAGGAGGAGAGACGGAUGUGCAGGCAACUGCUGCUAGCUUGCCUACCGACAGAGAGAGAGAAAGGGAUGGUGCAGCUUGCAGCCUCGAAUGCUCUCAUGUCCAGCGUGCGUCCUUGGUCCGGGCGGCGCUGCUGGACGGGAGGGAAUCGGGCGCGUCCCGCCGCGCACAGGAAGGGAGAGGUCCAAGACGGUGCCGCGGUGGAGGUGCUGUGCUGCGCUGUGCCCGGGGUGGCGAGGCGUGGAGGAACAGCGCCGGGCGCUGGCGCACGCGGGCGGCGCGGCUGCAGCGACGCGCGGCGCGGAGAGGAGGAAGACGACGCCGCUGACGUGCGGGCCCGGUGCGUCAGCGACUCGGGGGAGGAGGAAGCGGCCGGGCUGCUGGGCUGAGGUGGGCCGCGGCGGCUGUCGGGCCGGCCCAGCGCGGGGAAAAGAAAAGAGGGAGGCGGAAGGAGGAAGCCGGGCCGGCUGGGCUGACCUCGGCCCAAGCUGAGGUGAGCUCUUUUGUUUCUUUUCACUUUCAAACCAAGAGUUCAAACUCAAAUUUAAAUUAUUCCCAAAAACCUUGAGGAGCUCACCAAAAAUUAGUAUAGUGCUUUAAUAUUUUAUGUAAAAGUUUGAGAAUUUAUUUUAUCACUCAUCUUUUAGCAACAUUUUUAAACAUGUUCAAGGAUGGUUAUUAAUGCAUAAAGUAUGAGAAGAGCCAAAUAAAAACCAAAUCAAACAUUGAUUUAUUUAUUUAUCUUAAUUUUAUUUAUAUUUGAAAUUUGCGCUGUUACACCCACUCCACUCCUGAAUGGGAGGGCUUGAAGCAAGAACUCCUCUAUUGAGAAUGUUCGAUGUAUUGAAGAUAUUGUUUUUCCUUAUUUGACAUUUUUGGGGUAAAUAUAUAUCCUAUGAAAAUGAGUUAUUCUAAAGUUCUAAGAAAAUUAAUGUGAAAGUAGAGGAUAAGCACAUUAAGUUCUAAAAAAAAUUAAGUAAAUGAACGGGCAUAUUCGAUGUCUCUACAGAACUCGAGUGAACACAACUUUGGUUGACACAUGACAAGUAAAAACUUUCUGGGAGGGACAAGUCUUUUUGAGAGACAAAAUUGUAAGGGUAAAUAAAAUAAACAAAGGUUCGAAACGCACACAAAAAUGGCCGCAGGUGCACACACGCCGCAGAAGAUCCCCUGCCCCCCUGACCACAACCAUUUUGAGUCUCGGGAGACGAGACCGUUACGCCCCCGCCUUCGGAGAGGACGAACCAGCGAACCGCCCGCUCAUCUCUCCCUCCUCCACCUCCUCCUCCCCACCGAAUCCUAUCGCGAGCCCUUCCCGAAUCCUCUCCGAUGGAUCGCUUGUCGCGGCCGGCGAGCCCGGGCGGCGGCGGGCUGGGGUACGCGUCGCGGCGGGGCCUCUACGCGCGGCCGGCGAGCCCGGCCGCCGGCGGCAGCGCGCAGACGUCGCCCGGCGGGUCCCCGAAGGACUCGUCCCCGGUCCAUCGCCACGCGCGGGCCGGUUCGCUCAGCGGCGUCGGGGCCGCGUCCACCGCCGGACGACGCGCGGGGGUCGGCGCCGGCGCCGGCGCCCGCGCGCAAAACAGCGCCGCGCGCGCCGCCGCGCAGCGCCUCGCACGGGUCAUGGGCGGCGGCGCGGGCGGUGACGGAGGCAGCGGCAGCGACGACGACGACGACUACGAGCUCUCCGGGCCACCCAUCGAGCUCUCCGCCACCCCGCGCCGCACCUCCACCCGAUCCCCUUCGCCCUCGAUAGGCCGGUACCUUGCGGAUCAGACGCAGGUGGGCAGGCCGCCGUCGCUGACCAACCGUUACACGGCUGGGAAGUCCGUCCCCAUGAUACCAUCGAUCAAGCGGCCCGCGACAAGCGGGGCAGGGGCGGGGGCAGGGUCAGAAUCGCCCAUGCCGAACCGAAGGGAGCAGAGGAGAUCAGUUGAUCUUGGAAGUUCAAUGAGAGCUCGCCGUACAUCUUCUUCUCUUCAUGAUGAGCUUCACCUUGCAGAGGAAAGGUCUGAGGAUGGAGAUGCCAAAUCCAUGCACAUGGAGAGAGAGGCUUCUGAUAUUGAUGAUGCAGUAGAAACAGAGACAAUUGUGAUUAACAGGAAGGAUGCAGCACUAGAACAAAGAAAGAUUGCUAUGAGAAUUGCUUCACGAAGGUCUAGCAGUGCAAGCUGUGAUGAGAUUGCAACCCUUAAGUCUGAAGCAAAGGCUGCUAAUAAUAUGGUUACAUCUGUGUCUCGGGGAGUAAAAAGUGCUAGAUCAGAACUGAGAUCUCUUCAGGCAACAGCCAACAGAAUGAUCCUGUCACAGGAAGAUAUGGAGGAGGUGGUGCUAAAGAGAUGUUGGCUGGCCCGCUACUGGACAUUAUGUUCUAAACAUGGUAUACAUUCUGAUAUUGCUGAAGAAAAACAAGAAUAUUGGUCCUCAUUUGCACCACUUGCACUUGAAGCAGUCCUAUCAAUUGGGCAAAAAGCAAGAGACGGAACUUUAUCAGAUAAUUCCGAGAUGGAGAGCAGAAGCAAAAUGUCUGAUGCAAAUGAUAUAUCUAGCGAUGGCAACAUUGAGAGUAUGCUUUCAGUUGAGAAAGGGCUGCGUGAAUUAGCUUCACUCAAGGUAGAGGAUGCAGUCAUGCUUGCUUUGGCAGAAAAUCGGCAUAUCAAACCUCUCUCAGGUCAAGCUUCUGAGGGUCGGAGCCCUUCCGAGUCAUUAGAGUUAAGUGCAGAAGAACGAGAAGAUGUACUCUUCAAGCAGCUUCAUGUGUUGUUGCCCUCCUGUUUGGCUUCCAGUAAGUGUUGCAUCGAAGAACUGACAAAUACGCUACAGGCAUGGUUGACCUAUUAUUGGAGGAGGGCCAAAAAUCACGACAUAGAAGAUAUAGCUGAUGAGCGGCUACAGUUUUGGAUAGAACAAAGCAAACACCCAAUUACUACGACCGACGUCAUAGAAGUUGAGAGAGGACUCCACGAGCUGAGGAAGCUGGGAAUUGAGUCUAAGCUGUGGGACGCGAGCAGGAGAGCUCUGAAUGACGACCUCAGCAAUCAUGGGAGUCCAACUGGAUCUGAAGCUUAGCGAACAAAUUUAGUGAAUACGAAAGAUGGAGUGAGGCUGUAGUGCCGAUUUUGUGCCGUCAGAGGGCCUAGAGCCCUCCUGAUAUUCCUUCCAUGUUUAUUGCCUUUUGCUUGGUAUAUCGUCAUGUAAAAAAAAUAAAUUUUGAUCAAAAUAUCUCGUAAUCCUUCCUUUCAAAUUAUAUAUUUUAUGCUA